GUAUGAAAGGGAAGACUUGUAGCGCUCGUAACGAUCAGACACAGCAAACUGUGCAAGGCAAAGCCAUGAUCGAGCUGGGCCCUGUGAAGGACGGCAGCAGCCCCAUAGAGGAGCUGAUGGAGCUCACAGCGCAGAGUCUGACUCGCCUUGAGAUUAAAGAGCACUUUAACGUCAUCAAGGAGAUCGGGCGAGGGAAAUACGGGCGUGUGCUGCUAGUUACUCACCGCUGCAGGGGGACACCCAUGGCCCUGAAGGUCCUACCCAAAGCGUCGACGCAGCUGAAGGGAUUUCUGCGUGAGUACUGUAUCUCGCUCCGCCUGUCCAGCCACCCGUGUAUUGUGGGUCUGUUUGGAAUCGUUUUCCAGUCUAACGAGCAUUACGGAUUCGCUCAGGAGCUGGUGGUCGGACGCGACCUGUUCGCUAUCAUCAAACCACGGGUCGGGAUCUCGGAGUGUGCAGUAAAGCGUUGUGCUGUGCAGAUCGCCAGUGCUUUGGAGUUCAUCCACCGCCUGGGAUUGGUGCACCGUGACAUCAAGCCAGAGAACGUGCUUCUUCUGGACACCCAGUGCCGCCAUGUUAAACUGGCCGACUUCGGCUUGACGCAGAAGCGUGGCACUCUGAUCCAAUUCAUCUCCAGCACUCUGCCCUACAUGGCCCCAGAGCUGUGCGCCAUGGUGCAGGAGAACGGCCAGGAAAAUCCUAAAGCACCACCACUCAGCAUCCAGCCCAGCCUCGACACCUGGGCCUUUGGUGUGCUGCUUUUCUGCAUCCUUACAGGUUUCUUCCCCUGGGAAAGCUGCACAAGUGCUGACAGCUUCUAUGAGGAGUUUGCUGAGUGGCGGCAAGACCCCGGGACAACUGAAAUCCCUACGCAGUGGAUGAGGUUCACGCCAGUGUGUAUGGAGAUGUUCGCCAGGCUGCUGACGCCGGAGCCCAACGACAGGUCCACGGCCGAUGUAGUGAAAGGGUAUAUUGGGAAGGACUGGGUGAGGCCAAAGCAUGCAAAUUUACUCGUAGGGGACCGAGGAGGAGUUAGCACCAUGACACCACUGAGCAGCCCUUGCCGUAGCAGCCCAGUACUGCAAUAAUGCCUUGAUAUCACAUUCCUACACCGUCUUGUGGUUGCAAAUUUGUUGAAUAUGGCACGCAAUUGGUUGAAGGGUGAGAGGCGGGGCUUGGGGUAAUUUUUUUUCAUUAUUUUGUUGCGUACCUU